GGAAGCCACUGCCCUCACUGGGCUAGAAGUCCCCAUGCCUCCACUCUCUGCUGCCACUGCUCAUCCAGAAAUCACAUUUCUGUUGCUGACAAGAAACAAAGGAGCCCACACUCCCACUGACGCAACUGAAACUGCCUGGCAUGGUUUCAACGGCACUAGACCAACCACUCACUGGGAAAACAAGUGUUGGUGCCAGAGCCUUCUGUGGGUUCCAAGACUGCUUUUCCAGACUCAGGUCCAUGGACCCGGUACGGAUUGCGGUUGUGGGGGCAGGCGUGGUGGGGCUCUCUACUGCCAUGUGCGUUUCCAAACUGGUCCCCCGAUGCUCCAUUACUGUCAUUUCGGACAAGUUCAGUCCUGAUACCACAAGUGACGUGGCAGCCGGAAUGCUUAUACCUCAUGUUUAUCCAAACACACCCAUUCCCACGCUGAAGCAGUGGUUUCGAGAGACCUUUGAUCACCUGUUUGCAAUCGCCAAUUCUGCAGAAGCUGGAGAUGCUGGUGUUCAUCUGGUAUCUGGUUGGCAGAUAUUUCAGAGCAUUCCUGCUGAAGAAGUGCCAUUCUGGGCUGAUGUGGUUCUGGGGUUUCGAAAGAUGACCAAGGCUGAACUGAAGAAAUUCCCCCAGCAUGUGUUUGGUCACGCCUUCACGACUCUGAAAUGUGAAAGCCCUGCCUACCUCCCAUGGUUGGAGAAGAGGUUAAAAGGCAGUGGGGUCCUGAUACUCACCCGACGAAUAGGAGACCUGUGGGAGCUUCAUCCAUCCUUCGACGUCGUGGUCAACUGCUCAGGCCUUGGAAGCAGACAGCUUGCACAAGACUCGGAGAUGUUCCCCAUGCGGGGCCAAGUGCUCAAUGUUCAGGCUCCCUGGGUGAAGCAUUUUAUCCGAGAUGGGAGUGGGCUGACAUAUAUUUAUCCCGGCACAUCCAAUGUAAUCCUGGGUGGAACUAGGCAACAAGGAGACUGGAAUCUGUCCCCAGAUGCAGAAAUUAGCAGAGGUAUUUUUUCCCGGUGUUGUGCUCUUGAGCCCUCCCUCCAGGGAGCCUGCGACAUAAGGGAGAAGGUAGGCUUAAGGCCCUUCAGGCCUGCAGGUGUGCGGCUGCAGACAGAGUUCCUCGCCCAGGACGGCCGGAGGCUGCCUGUGGUCCACCACUACGGCCACGGGAGCGGGGGCAUCUCCGUGCACUGGGGCACUGCUCUGGAGGCAGCCAGGCUGGUGAGUGAGUGUGUCCAAGCCCCCAGGACCCCCACUCCCAAGUCAAACCUGUAGGUGACAUGACAUGACGGCAAAUGGCCCCAGACACUCUGGAUCGAAACACAAUUUAAGCACCAGAAUGGAUUCCAAUAACUUUUCCACUGCAUGAAAAGUUAAUGAGGUCUAUCUUUGUUUUCAAAAUUAGAAAUGAUGCAAUAUGAAUCAGUAGCCUGAGACUGGUACUCAUCUGUAGAACUAGACUCAAGUCUAGUGCUAAUGACAUAGAGCAUAAAGUUCUAUUUUUGUUAAAAACACUUGUUACAGAAUAAGAUUUCUCUCAGACCUGGCGUUCAAAGAUCUGUGCUAAUUUUCAUGGAUGCUGGAAGUUGUAGGGAUGUUGAAGUUUUGGGGGCUAAUAAAUCCCCAGGAAGAGACAAUGUAUGGAAAACACCUAACUCACUGUUGCAAAGCCGCCCAUGAUGGUUGUAGGUUGCACUCAAGUGAGCAUUAUAAUCCCUCUAAAUAAAACACACAGUGAUCGUGUGGCA